GCACGAGGAGGGCGGAGGCGCGGAGAGGGGAGGGAGGAGCUGCCGCGCGCCCGCCACUGCCGCUCGGCUCCACACAGCCGGCGCAGCCCAGCCACGAGACUCUGACAGCCAAGCGGCCCGCGCAGCUCCGGCGCACAGGGACGGACGGACCGCGGCGGUGGCGAAGGCGGACGCGAGGACAGCGGCCCGGCGCCAAGUGCAGGAGGCGCGCGGGUCCGGCGGCGCGCAGAGGUCUCCUCUGAAGCAGCUGGGAACUCAGAAGGCCUCACUACCCCUGAGGAGUAGGCCAGCCAGGAGAGCAGUAAGGGAUGGCAUGAAGCCCACCAGGGCCUGAGGAGUGAGCACAAUCUGCAGCUCGUUGGACCUGGAGCCUCCAAGUCGGGAGACUACCACCGGGGAGACUCACGAAGAAUUGAUACUUCGGCCCCAAGUGACAUGUACACGGUGUAAUGACAGGAAAUGAGCAGGUUUGCAGAAAAACUGCUGGCCUGAAAUUUAAGAAGAAGGCGUCGUUGCUUUUUUGGAAACCAAGGCCCCCUGGGAGGAGGCGCGCACUAAGUCUACCACCUGGGGACAGAAGAGUUUGUCAAGUGCUUUCUGCAGGGCUCUGGCUGAGAACAUGGCCAAUGGCAUUGACGAGCUGAUUGGCAUUCCCUUCCCCAACCACAGCAGCGAGGUCCUGUGCAGCCUGAACGAGCAGCGGCAUGACGGGCUGCUCUGCGACGUGCUCCUGGUGGUGCAGGAGCAGGAGUACCGCACCCACCGCUCCGUCCUGGCCGCCUGCAGCAAGUACUUCAAGAAGCUCUUCACAGCCGGCACCUUAGCCAGCCAGCCCUACGUCUACGAGAUCGACUUCGUCCAGCCCGAGGCGCUGGCCGCCAUCCUGGAGUUUGCCUACACCUCCACGCUCACCAUCACGGCCUCCAACGUCAAGCACAUCCUCAACGCCGCCAGGAUGCUGGAGAUCCAGUGCAUCGUGAACGUGUGCCUGGAGAUCAUGGAGCCCGGGGGAGACGGGGGGGAGGAGGAUGACAAAGAGGACGACGAUGAUGACGAAGAUGACGACGAUGAGGAGGACGAAGAGGAGGAGGAGGAGGAAGAGGAGGAGGACGAGGACGAUGACACGGAGGAUUUUGCUGAUCAAGAAAACUUGCCUGACCCCCAGGACAUCAACUGCCACCAAAGCCCUUCCAAGACGGACCACCUCUCGGAGAAGGCCUAUUCAGACGCACCCAGGGACUUCCCCGAUUCCUUCCGGGCCGGCAGCCCUGGCCACCUGGGUGUGAUCCGGGACUUCUCCAUUGAAUCUCUGCUGAGGGAGAACCUGUACCCCAAAGCCAACAUCCCCGACAGGAGAGCCUCCUUAUCUCCGUUCGCCCCGGACUUCUUUCCACACCUCUGGUCAGGGGACUUUGGUGCCUUCGCCCAGCUGCCCGAGCAGCCCAUGGACAGUGGGCCCCUAGACCUGGUCAUCAAGAACCGCAAGAUCAAGGAGGAGGAGAAGGGGGAGCUGCCCCCACCUCCGCCGCCGCCCUUCCCCAGCGACUUCUUCAAGGCCAUGUUCCCAGACCUUCCCGGGGGGCCGCUGGGCCCCAUCAAGGCAGAGGAUGACUACGGUGCCUAUCUCAACUUCCUGAGCGCCACCCGCCUAGGGGGCCUCUUCCCGCCCUGGCCGCUGGUGGAGGAGCGCAAGCUGAAGCCCAAGGCCUCUCAGCAAUGCCCCAUCUGCCACAAAGUCAUCAUGGGGGCUGGGAAGCUGCCACGGCACAUGAGGACCCACACCGGGGAGAAGCCAUACAUGUGCAACAUCUGCGAGGUCCGCUUCACCAGGCAGGACAAGCUGAAGAUCCACAUGAGGAAGCACACGGGGGAGCGGCCCUACCUGUGCAUCCACUGCAACGCCAAGUUCGUGCACAACUACGACCUCAAGAACCACAUGCGCAUCCACACGGGCGUGCGGCCCUACCAGUGUGAGUUCUGCUACAAGAGCUUCACGCGCUCCGACCACCUGCACCGCCACAUCAAGCGCCAGAGUUGCCGCAUGGCCCGGCCCCGGCGCGGCCGCAAGCCCGCCGCCUGGAGGGCCGCCAGCCUGCUCUUUGGGCCCGGCGGCCCGGCCCCGGAGAAGGCGGCCUUCGUGAUGCCCCCCGCGCUGGGUGACGUGGGCGGCCACCUGGGCGGGGCCGCCGUGUGCCUCCCGGGCCCCAGCCCCGCCAAGCACUUCCUGGCGGCGCCCAAGGGCGCGCUGAGCCUGCAGGAGCUGGAGCGGCAGUUCGAGGAGACGCAGAUGAAGCUGUUCGGGCGCGCGCAGCUCGAGGCCGAGCGGAACGCGGGGGGCCUCUUGGCCUUCGCGCUGGCCGAGAACGUGGCCGCCGCGCGUCCCUACUUCCCGCUGCCCGACCCGUGGGCCGCGGGCCUGGCCGGCCUCCCCGGGCUCGCCGGCCUCAACCACGUGGCCUCCAUGUCUGAAGCCAACAACUAGGCUGAUCCUCAUCAACCCCAGUCCUGCUUCCCCGUCCCCUCCCAGGCCCACCUGCCCCAUCCAGUGGGUCUGAACUUUUUAUUUCAAAAGGAAAAAGGAAAAAAAUAGCAGCCGCAGUGGUAUUUUCUGGCCCUCCUGAGGCAGCCGCCUCCCCUUUGCUGGUGUCUGAGAUGGGCAUCUCCUCCCAAAAGGCCUGGCCUCUCUCUGGCUGUCUCUCUGCUUUCACACAGAAACUCACAGGGGCCCAUGCCAAAGGGGAGGUCCCAGGCCAGGUGUCCAGAAGCACUUUGGAGCUGUGUGGGGCUAGACGGAGGGAGGUGGCUUGGCCAGAGGCAGACUGGAUGGAGCAGGGAUGAAGGUAGGGUCCUGAGAUACACAUCCUGAGCCCCACCACUCUAAGGCAGAGUCCCUGCUGACACUGUUCCGAUGGGCCAUUUUUCCCAUCUCCAGUGGUCCUGGGAUCCUUAGGGGAAGUGCCCUAUUGGCAGGGAGGCCUCCCGGCGUCAGGAGGGGGUCUCCUGGGGUCCGGGCCCAUUUUUCCCUCCCUGUCCUGUGACCGCGGACAGGUCAGCCGUCUGUACCCCAGUUUCACCCUGCUGUGAAAGGGGGCUGGUAAUUUUGUUUCCCCCUCCCAUCCAUCCACCGACACACUCAUCCAUGCCCAGCCCUCCAGAGAGAAGCCUUGAGAGAGCAGGAGCUUUGCAGUCUUAACGUCCCUGGUGACACUGUUUCACUGGACUUAGUUUUAUCACGUCCACCUCUACGCUGGCACAGGUGAGAAAUGUGGCCAAACUAGACAGGCUAACAGAGGAAGAGGGCUGGGGUGGGCUUGUCCACCGCCCCCAGGCAGCUUUGGGGAACUCUAAAUCCUACCCUCCCUUCUGGGCAGGCCACUGUGCGCAUCCGGGGGCUACCAUCUCGCAUUGCAUUGUCCCCACCUCUGCGUGGUCCCUCCAAUGCCAUAAGGAGCCUUUCAGGACUCCGAGAGCCAACACAGAAGGAAUGGGGGCCUCCCUCCUCUUAACACCUGGCAGCUGCCCCUCUCCACCUGAUUCCCGGAAACAGACAAAAUGCCUAGUUACCCAGGUGUGUGUUUGCUUUUCAGUUGGGGGCUUCUCAGGACUUUGGCAUUGCUUUGUUUGAACACCCUCAACCCCUCCGUGGUCCCCCAGGGAGGAAGCCAGCUGUCCGGUGUGGGAAGUCAGAGGCUUGGCUCCAAUAUUGGCUUGGAGGGCUCUGUGAGUGAGGGCUGUCCACGCAUUAUCCCUGGCUCUCUGGUUUGUAGCUGGUCCUGAGAAGGAAGACAGCUCUGCUGGCCCAGUGCCUUCCUGAUCUUCUCUCCCCUUUCCUGUCCUUCCCUCCCUUUUCUUGCUGAGUUUGCUUUUGUUUCUCAGUAGCCCAGAGAAGGGAGGAGAGUUCUCCUGUGCAGAUGGCCCAGGGCUGGUGUCCCCAAUCCAAGAGCUGUGGGCACAGAGACUUCGGCUCUUCCUAUCGCCUUGGCUUCUUCCUGAGCAAACACAAAAAAACAAAAAGGCCAGAGAAGACCACAGACUCUCUGUCACUCUCCCAGCUCCCCCACGAAGAGACCCGUGACUCCACACACCACCAGCUGCCCUUUCAGCCAGAGGGAACUGUUGCUGACACCCUCUUGUCCUUAGACGUCAUCUGCUGGGCAGCCGCCUCUCACACUCCUGUCUCCAUUUCUGACCCUCGCUUCUGGGACCCACCAGCCAACAUGCCUGUGUUCCCCCCUCAGCCAAGGGAGUGGGGCUGACCCAAACUUUAAGAGAAAACGAGGAAAAACGAACAAAUUAGAAACCAGUGGUGUUGGGGCUUUUGUUUUUAUUUUGUAAAAGUAAUGACUUCUCAUAAACUCAAUUUUUCAGACGACUGGUUAGUUCUUUUUGUUUUCUCUUGGCUGCAGUUUGGAGUUGUACAUUGUGAAAUAUCCAAAGAUGUCGAGUACUGUAUGAUCAAGAACUUGAAGCAAAUGGGUCGUGGAGGUGGGGAUGGUAGUGUUUUGUUUUGUUUCCCUUUUUUUUGGUGGGGGGGACAUUUCAGUUUCCCUGUCUGUGGGAGAACUUCGGAAUUUUUUUCUAUUUAUAACUUUUUUUUAUGUGAUUGCUUUAUGUAAAAUGACACUCAACAAGGUUUGCCUUAGUGAUUCAAGGGACAAUCUUCCAUAACUUUGGUCGCACGCUGCAUCCCGCCGAGAAAAACUCUCAGCUAAUUUUCUGGCCUAUUUAUUAAACAGUA